AUGUGGAUCCAUGCAAUUCAGCCACUAGAGAGCCCUUACAUAUACGUAUCUACCUUAGGCACUGUAGGCUGCCCCUGGGGAAGUUCCGUGGGGGGGGGGGGGGGGCUGCUCGCGGGCAACUCUGAGAUACCCAUUCUCUACCACGUUGAGCGUGUACGCGACGGACGCUCGUACUCAACACGCACGGUCCAAGCGCGGCAAAAGGGCGCGUGCAUCUUUACCACCACCAUCAGUUUCGUGCGUGAGACACCUCCUGAGAAGAAGCGACGGGAGGUCAGCCAUGCGGCAAGCCUGCCCAAGGAUGUGAGCCCGCCCACGGAUGACUGGGAUGGCGAGCCAGAGUGGGCAAGGACUGGGCCGUUCCAGAGCCACAGAAUUGAAGUAUUGGGCGCCCAGGACCCAAACUGCAAGCCACAGGACCGCAAGAGCAGACAGUGGAUGCGCUCGCGGCAAAAGAUCUCAGCUGGUGGUGGCCACCAGGCACAUCUCAACGCCUUGGCCUACAUGUCAGACAGCUACUUCAUCGGCACAGUCUCCCGCCUCCACGGACUGUGGCGCUUCCCGUUCUCCCCAGAAGAGGUGCCCUCGCUGGAUGAGAAGACCCAGGAGCAGGUCAAGAGCCUGUGCGAGUUUGAAGGCAUGGGCACCAACGUGGAGGACUGGAAGGGGCGGGCACAGGAAGAAGGAAUUGGCAAUUGCUACGUGUACGAGGCUUAG